UUCACCAUUGUGCUCACUGCAAGUUGCUCCUCAGCCUUGCUGCAGUGUAUUUGCCCUCUCGAGUCUUCCAUGGAGUGCACGGUGCAUUUGGCCUCGAGCGUCUUCCAUGGAGUGCAAGGCACCAAAGACGAGGCUGUGAUGUUUCUCCUCCAAGUUUCCACCUUCCUCAUCGUCCUUCACCUCGUCUCCUUCCUCCUCACCAAGCUGUUCACGUUUCUCCUAGACAGAGCAACCACGUAUGAAGAACAAAGAGACUCCCUUCUCAUCACCGAAGACGAGAUCAAGCACGUAACCCACGAGAUCUGCUCCGAGGAUGGAGAGCUAGCUGCCGGUAUCUUUGGCAGAGAAGGCCUACCUUUUUUCUACCAUGAAAGCGUCGUCAAUGAUACUCUACUUGUCCAUGAAGCAAAGGAUUUCAAUCAACAACAUCUUUUGGAGGUUGACGAAAGCUUUGUCGCAGAAUUCCGAUACGGCUCCCCACCUUUUAAUAAUGAGAAGCUCGGAAUCGAACAGUACGGCGAUGCUUCAGUGACCGACGUCAUAAGACCAUCAGAUUCUCCAUCUCCGAUCGUGUGCGAGCUUGUAGAAGAUGAAGACAUCGGCGGCGACGCAUGCCACGGUAAUGUAUUGGAGGAGGCAGAGGAGGAGGCUGAGGUGUUAUCAAAGAAUGAGACUCUCUUCGUCAUCGGCCAAACACAUUCCGACUGCAACAAGUUUCGGCUGGAAGAAGACGAGGGAACAUUUGAUGGUUCUCUCGCAGGUGAAUCGACAUCCAAUGGCUCUUCGAAAUGGAGAAGCUCUGCAAUCAACAGGGCUUCCGAGACAGAAUGCCUCCUCUCCUCUUCAUCACGCAGGAGCUCUUCCAACUGGGAAACACUUGAGUUGUUCCAAAAGUACGAUGAGGAGAUGACGUUCUUGGACAGAAUCAGCUCACAGAAGCUCGCAGAAACAGAAUCAGUUAGGUCCAUAAGGUUCCAACCAAGAUCAAUCUCGGAAAGGAUAGCCCGCAAAUUUACGAUACAGAAGAAGAAGGGAGGCAACAGAGAUCCAUAUCAAGAACUGGAGAUUGCAUACGUGGCUCAAAUUAGCCUCGCAUGGGAAGCACUCAACUGGAAUUACGUCUGCUUCCAGCAGAGGAAAGCCAACGGCGACGGUGAGCGCUUCUACUGCACCGCACGAAUAGCUCAGCGGUUCCAACAGUUUCAGGUCCUCUUGCAGCGGUUCAUCGAGAACGAGCCAUACCAGCGCGGUCGGCGGCCUCAAAUCUUUGCUCGGACGAGGAUUUCUUCCCCCAAAUUGCUCCAAGUUCCCGAGUUUCAAGAAGCCGAUGAAGGUGGAGAAAACAUAAUUUCACCUACCGAAUUCUCGUCCAUUUUAGAAGAUGCGAUCCGAACCUUCAUGAACUUCCUCAAGGCAGACAAGAAGAACCCUCGCCAAAUCCUCAAAUCAUUCGUCAAGACAACCUCAAGCUCUGUAGAACCAGAAGUUCUUCGUUCACUGAAAAGAAACAAUCAGAAAAUGAAGAUGGGGCUCAAAGGCCUGUUGAGGCGAAGGAGGUGUUGGAACAAGAAGUGGGUACAGGGGGAGGAAGAGGAGAUGGACAUACUGAUGGGAUUAAUAGACAUGAAGAUUGUGUCCAGAACGCUGAGGAUGAGUGAGAUCAGCCAAGAACAGCUGCAGUGGUGUGAGGAGAAGAUGACCAAAGUAGGAGCAUUGGAAUGGAAAAGUUCAAAGAGAGUCCUCCCCGCUACUUUUUUCCCUCUUAACUGAUCCCAAUCUUAAUGUCGUCGGGUCUGCUUUGCUUUAGCCUGCCUGACGAAAGGAUCCACCUCUUGUAUGUGUAUAUGUAGAUGUAUGUGGUUGUAAGUUCAAGAUCACAGAUGUUGAUGGACGGUAGCCAUCUGUUCCAUGACUGAUGGACGGUCGUGAUGCGAAAGUUGUGGAAGAUUGAGAGGUCUGGUUCCAGAGGAUCCGCAUCAGUUUGGAUCCUCUCCAUUUAUUUUAAGGAUGCAGGUAUCCUCGACCCACUCACUGUCCAAGCAGUGGUGGGGUCAGUGUGAUGAAGUGGGGCCCACAUCAAUUUACAGCUCCUUCUGUCGGAAUAGUAUGGUUUCGAUUAGAUGUCCAACUGGAUCGGAUCCUCACCUAGCGGUUACGACGCCCGUUACCUUUACCUAUAUAUUCCUUCUUUUGCCAUCGCGCCCUCGCUCCUCGAUCAGACAGGUUCCACUAGGGUUCGAAGAGGCAGAGUGAGUCGAUUGGUGGAGUUCUUGCUGCGGCGACGAGCGGCGCGGCCGCUUCGGUAUGGGAGGGUGUGGACCGGCGAUGGACGUCGAGGCGAUUCUUGGGAAGGUCACCGAACGACGAGGGUUCGGAGACGCCUUCGCCGCCGAGGUUUGCUCGGAAACGAGCACUGCUUGUUCCAGGUAGGCGUUAUAUGCGCCUUGUCUUGGAUUUGACCUUUCAAUUGUUACUUGCUGCUAUGCCAUAGGAAGACGCCAACCUGAAUCUUCUAAUUGGCAGAUGAUUUUACCAUUUGCUUCGUAAUUCUUGGGAAAUGAUGUCGGCUAUUGCGAAUUCAUACGAGAGUGGAUAAUUUUUUGAUCCCUCGUUUCUUGAGCUCUCCCAUUAGAAUUGACAACGGCUUCUGUUGAAGUUCUUGACAAUAUUAGGAGGCUCGUGUCAAAGCUGCUCUGUCUGCCCACAUAUUUAUUGCAGCUUCAAUAAGGUUUACGGUUAUUGGAGCAGGGGGUUUGUCAUGUUUGAUUAUUGGGCAAAUAGAUUGUUCCUACUGCUAAAUGUUUUAAGAUGCCUGAACUCUACUUUGCAAUUAGCAUAAUGGAAACAUCAGAGCGUCAAAUUUGGUUCCUUGAUCUGUUUCUUUCC